AUGACUUUGGAAGAUUUCGAAAAAGAACUGGCUGCGAGUCAGAAGGAAAGAGAGCGUGAGAAAACUAGAGAAAAGUAUCGAGAGAGAGAUCGGGAUUCGGACAAACACAGGCACAGAGAUGAGGAGAGAGUCGGGGAGAGAGACAGGAAAUAUAGGCAUUCCUCCAGUCACCAUAGCCGCGACCGCCACCACCAUCACUCCUCCCGACACAGCAAUUCCAACCUCGACGAUGAAGACAGACGCAGACACAAGCGCUCACGCCAUUCCAGCAGCAACGGCAAUGAGGAUCGCGAGCACUCCCACAAACGCAGAUCUAGGCGGGAGGAGGAGAGCAGAGGCGGUAGCAAGGAUGAAAUACCUGACCCUACAGAAUCGAACACAACUCCGCCACCAAUUCAAAAAGAAGAGCCUACGGGACUAACACGGGAUUCAUGGAUGGAAGCGCCCUCCGCUCUGGAUAUUGACUACGUUCAACGUCCCAAACCCGAACAGCAGGAACCUCCCGCUUCCCGGAUGCUGCAAGCGGACUUUGGGUUAAAGUUGCAUAAGAGAGAGUUAAAUCGUCAUUUACAUGAUAUUCAUGAGGAGGAGGAGGAGUUGGAGCCAGAACCAGAACCUGAUACCAAGGGACUAGAGGAACCGGUAAAACACGAGGUGGAUUAUACAUUUGGUGAUGCGGGCUCUCAAUGGCGCAUGACAAAGCUGAAGGCCGUUUAUAGACAGGCGGAGGAAACGGGAGCUAAGGUUGAAGAUAUCGCCAUUGAACGGUUUGGGGACCUACGUUCCUUCGAUGAUGCGAGGGAGGAGGAGAUUGAACUGGAAAGGAGGCAAACAUAUGGUGAGGGCUAUGUUGGCAAGGAAAAACCUUCCGGCGAACUCUACCAGGAGAGAAAGCUUGCUAUGGGCGUCAGAGAGAAAAGGGAUAUCCGGGCAGAGGAGGAGGAACCGAACGAUGGCCAACUGCACCCUGGCCGUCAGUCUGUUGAGAGGAACCCGGUUGUUGGGCAGCAGCAGACAAAACAAUCGAACCCUACAGAUCUAAACCGGCUCAAAGCGCAGAUGAUGAAAGCAAAGCUACGACGCGCGUCCAAUGCGGCAGAGCUAGAGGCAGAAUAUAAUGCUGCCGCGGCAUCCAUGGCGAGCCGCAAAGAUUCUGAUGUGGUGGUCCUGGGGGUGAUGGAAAAUAGGCUUCUUGCUGGAGGUGAGCGGUCAGAAGUCAAGCCGGUGGAGACUAAGAGGGGGAAGGAAAGGGGUUUAGUGCAGGAGAAUGAAGACAUGAGUAUUGAGGAUAUGGUUCGAGAGGAACGGAGGACUCGUGGCCAAGCUGGAGGGGAAGGACAACGGUUUGCGGAAAGAAUUGCUAAAGAUGCGAAAUUCGAUAAUGACCUCGAAUACAUGGAUGAAAACGCAGCGAAGCUCGCUAAACGCGUGCAAAAAUCAGAAAUCAAUCUCAAAAACACAGCCAUUAGUCAAUUCCAAAAGGUGAACCGCAUCCUCGAUAGCUGCCCACUCUGUUACCGAGAAAACACAGAGACGCCACCCCUCGCCCCUGUAGUAUCGUUAGCCACCAGGGUAUAUCUCACUCUGCCUACGGAACCGGAGCUCAGCGAAGGGAGCGCAUGCAUCGUCCCGAUCCAACAUCACAACAAUCUCCUUGAAUGCGACGACGAUGAAUGGGAGGAAAUACGAAACUUCAUGAAGAGUCUAACGCGAAUGUACCACGACCAAGGUCGCGAUGUAAUCUUCUAUGAAAACGCAGCACAACCGCAGAGACACCGCCACGCAGCCAUGGAAGCUGUUCCUCUGCCCUACAGCCUGGGCGAGAUGUCGCCGGCGUUCUUCAAGGAAGCCAUACUUGCCGCGGACGAGGAGUGGACACAACACAAAAAGCUCAUCGACACUUUAGCGCAGGCACGCAGUGGCCUGGGCAAACUGGCGUUCCGCCGCACGAUAGCGAAAGAGAUGCCGUAUUUUCACGUGUGGUUUGAGCUGGACGGGGGGCUGGGGCAUAUUGUUGAGGAUGCCAAUCGGUGGCCUCGUGGGGAUUUGUUUGCGCGAGAGGUCAUUGGCGGCAUGCUAGAUCUGGAGCCAGAUGUGAUUAAGCGGCAAGGACGGUGGCGGAAAGGGGGUGAUGGGAGGGUUGAUGGGUUUAAGAAGCGGUGGAGGAAGUUCGAUUGGACAAGGGUGCUGACGAAGGGGUGA